GGGGCGGUAACUUCAGUCAGUGUUACCCGCGGCGCCGCCUGCGGAGGUUAUUGUUGGAGGAGAAAGUGUCGGUUCGUUGUGGGUCGUAAUUCGGACUUGUGCUGCAGACUUCCGGUGGAAUACCUGAGGCGACCUGAUGUCUCUGGCUGCGUGCGAGUGUUGACAACGCAGACUGAGAAAGAAUUACAAAGGGGAGAAAAAAAAUGCCAGACGUUCGAAUUUACUGGAGUCGGGAGGUUUCCGGAUUCGUUGAUAACCAGUAGCUUCGUCUGUCUCCUAUUAUUUUAUAUAUAUUUUUCAAUUUAUCUUUCGUUGUUCAAGUUUCAUCCCCUUCUCCCUUAACCUUCUUUUUUUUUUUCUUCACCCGCGUGGAAUUCCCCCUCCGUGUUUUUUUUUCACCACCCCGUUCGUUCGGCGCGCCUGAGUCAAUCAAGAAUGUGGGCGAGACACCUGUGGAUCCUUCUGUGUGCCCUCACCCUCGACGGAUUUUGCCCGCAAGGCGGGCGGUGCCUGACGAACGUGAGCCUGGUGAUAGUCCCGCCGCAGGUUCAGAGAGGGCAGCACGUGGCGCUGCUGUGCCAGUACGACCUGGAGGGCGCGCCGCUCUACUCGGUCAAGUGGUACCGCGGCCGGCACGAGUUCUACCGCUACUCGCCCAGCGAGCAGCCGCCCACCAAGGUGUUCGCCUUCGCCGGGGUGCACGUCGACCUGUCGGUGUCCAACGAGACGCUGGUGCUGCUGCGCAAGGUGGGCUUCAACCUGUCGGGCCGCUUCAGCUGCGAGGUGACGGUGGACGCGCCCACCUUCGCCACCAGGACCGUCAGCGAGGCGCUGCUCGUCGUGGCUGUGCCCGAGGGCCCGCCGCAGCUUCACACGGACAAGGACCGCUACGACGUGGGAGACGUGCUGCGCGCGAACUGCACCUCGCCGCCGUCCAAGCCGGCCGCCAGCAUCACCUUCCUGCUGAACGACGUGCCGGUCGGAGGACCCGAGACGACGUACUUCAAGGGCCCGGAGCCGCUGGAGGGCAGCCGCAAGUUCCUGGCCAUGAGGCUGUUCCCGUCGCACUUCAGCCGCGGCCAGCUGGCCCUGCGCUGCACGGCCUACAUCGCCACCAUGUACCGCCAGUCGGCGGAGGCGCGCUUCGGCGGCCGCGCCAGUGACCCGGUGCCCGAGAGAGUGACCUCGCCCAAUAGGAGCCCUCCGUGCUCGACACCGCUGCCAGUUCUCCUGCUGCUGUUCGUCCUGUGUUGCCAGAUUUCGAGAUAGCGCCAAAACGUUCCCAUCGCAGCGGCAGCACUUUGGCAACAUAGCAGCAACUAGCGGCAAUCUAAGUGAAGUGGCAACAGCAUAAAUGACGUCACGAACUCCCGAUUAUGUAUAAAAAAAAUAUAUGAUUAACUAGUCAUGGAUUCUGACUCAAGUCAAAUGCUGCCAAGUACAAAAACAUUUGUUGAAAGAAGGGAAUAAAUGGGAAGGGGGCUGUAGAUUAUUGUUUUCGUUUGAAAUGAUUUCCAAAGAAAAACAUUUAAAAGCAUUGUUGAACGACACCGUGAAUUGAGAGAAAGGAGUAAGAUAAUAUGUGAUUAAUAAUAAUUAUUGUUGAAAGAAAUUUGUAGAUGUUGGUUAAAUAUUUGAAUAUUAAGUGGAAUGUACAGAACUGCCUUGAAUUUAGAAAUGUGAGAUAUAUAGAUGAUAAAUUUAUAAGGAAAAAAAUAUGAAUGAGCAAUUUUCUUGUGUAAAAAUGUUUACUUAAAAUUCACAUUUUUAAUUACAGUAUUGUAGAUUUCUUAUUGUAAUAUUGUUUUAUAAAUGAAAUGGAGUUUAUACCAAUACUGGUAAAAUAAUUAUUUAAAUGUUUUUUUUUAAUGCCUUGGUUAAAAUAUUGGAUUUAAAAAAAAACUACGUGAAAAAAAAAUGAUUUCAACAUUUCAAGUAAGUAAAAGGUGCGUUAAAAUAAUUUAUUUAAUAUUCGUUACCUCAUGUACAACAUUUCACCCUACCAACCCAUUGUUUGAUUACCGAUUUUUUAAUUAUAUGUAAGGAGUUUUAUCUAUUUAAACUAAUUUGUUAAGAAGUGUGACAAUCUUUCAGAUUUAAAAUCACCUUACCAAGCAUGACUUUAAUGGAAUAUUUUCUAGCACCGAUGAUAAUUUUAUCCGAGAUAUACUGGGAGUUAAGACAUUAUCACAUUCUGCCCAACUUCACAGACAUUAGUAUAGUUAUCAAUGUUUUCUGCCGUUAGUGGCACUCUCUGUAAUGUGUUGUCAAAUGUCAUUAUUCGCCAAUCAUAACUGCAUGUUUUGUCUACGCGAGCAUCAGGUACAUGUGUAUUACUUGUUCCAAUUUCAACUGUUUAAUGUAUUUCUUUCACUCGUUAAUACAAAUCCAAGACAAAAUGUGUGUAUGUAACUGAUAUUUAAUAAUCCUAUCGUUUUAUAAUAAUAGGUAUUUUAUAAAUAUUUAUUUAUGGAAAAGGUUUGCUUAGGAUAAGAAAUAUAAAAAGUUGCUUAUAUUUAUCGCCAUAAAUUGUGAGAUAUUUAUUUACAUAAAUUUUAUCUCUUGCAUUCCUUCUUUACGAUGACUGUAAAAGAUCUCGUAAAAUAAUGAACGUCCAUAGAUGUUAUUUUUCUUGUCCAGCAAAUAUGAAAUACAUGAACAAAAAACAAUAACAUAAAUGGGGUACACCUCUCUUCUUAAUUACUUAGCUCUUGCUAUAAGAACUCCUGGUUUUAAAGUUCUGGAAUUUGUUGGAAAGUGCUAGCUUUGAAACAAUUGCAGUGAGGAUUCGUAUUUGUGAGUGUUCGUGUUACCAUGUAUAUAAGGGUCAUAAAUUUGUUCCCUUGUCAAAAUGUAGCUAAUUAUACUUUUAACGGGUUUGUUUAACAUUUAUAUGAACAUGCUAGAUACAAUUUAUUAAAAUCAAAAUCUUGUAAUAAAAACUGUCAGUAAAUAUAUUUUAUUGUAGAAUAUUUUCUUCUAUUUUUGUAGAAAAAUAUUGUUUUUUGAAUUGAAGAUGUGUUAUUAAAUAAAACUCACUGCAACAUGAAA